UGAUUUAUAGUAAUUUAUUCUAUGUUGCUUAUUUAUGUAGAUCAACUUAUAGAUAUGACAACUCUUUCUCGAAUGAAAAGUGAACAGGUAUACAAACUUUUAAAUAAUUUUCCAUAUGGAAUAAUAUUUAAGUUUGAAGAAGAACUUGUACAAUGGCAAAAUAACAUAAAUAAUUUAAAUAUUGCAACAAAUGCAAAUGAAAUGUCUUUAAAAAAAUCAAAUGUAGAAACUAUUGCAAAACCUCAUAAGUCAAGUCAUAAUUUAAGAGUUGACGAAGUCCUCGCUUUAUCCACUCAAGGUUCCCUGAUAUUAGACUAUUUUAAAACACAUAACAAACUAAACGAUGGUAUACGGGCAACAUUAGUAGACAUACUUAUUGCACAAGUACUGUCCCAACAAAUACCUAUGUCUGUAAGUUUGGCAGAAUCACUAGCAAACCAAAUUGUUGCUAUGUUUAAAACUGAAGUUAAGGAUACAUAUUUCAUGAAAAUUGGUUGUAACAAAAAUCCCAAAGGAAAAUUGUACUCCAAAUAUUACAACUCUGUAAGAAAUAUGAAAAAUACUGGAUUAAUACCUACAACAAUCAUCAAAAACAAAAUAAUCAAUGAUAAUCAACCUAACCAAAUUCUACAUCAUAUAAAAGAAGAGAACGGCAAAAAUUAA